GCAGCUUUUUUGCUCGACUUUUUAGCGCACUGCCGCUUUUACUCCGCCCGGAAGCUGCCCCGCAGCCAUUCCUCAAAAAAAGUAUUCAAGAGCAACAACACCUUCACAAGUCAACUACAGCACAGGAUGUCCUUUCGCAAAAGAAAUAUUGGCCUGUCAACAGGCGUCGAUCGCGCCUCUGCUCUCAAUUCUACUGCGCAACCGCAGCAAGCCGCGGCUGCCCCAGAAACAAAUCCCGGAAUCCGACCCUCCCCCGACGAUGGGCGUCCGACUACUUCGACAGGUAGCCGAUCGCUGGAUAACCUCCUAGCUGGACACGGCGGGCUUCCCAUUGGAAAGACUCUCUUGAUUGAAGAGAAUGGAACUACAGAUUUCGCAGGCGCAUUGUUACGGUACUAUGCAGCUGAAGGUGUUGUACAGGACCAAAAGGUUCACGUUGUCGGCAUGCCUGAGCAAUGGGGCAGAAGCCUUCCUGGUUUGAUAGGUCCUGCGGAUACCGCAGAUGAGAAACCAGCCAAGCGAAAGGGAGAGCGCAUGAAGAUUGCCUGGAGGUAUGAGCGUCUCGGGGAGUUUGGGGCCGGGGUCGCUGGGUCAAGAGCGCCCGUCGCAACCACAGGAGAUCAAGCUUCGCCCGCAGCGAACGGAGAUCAGGCUCAGCAGCCAGCAUUUUGUCAUGCUUUCGACCUCACCAAACGUCUAACCCACCCAUCCAUCGCGAAUAUCCACUAUAUCCCACUUGCCCGCACAAAUGAACCCCUCCUCAUCUCAAUCCAUAAGCGACUUCAAGCCGCCAUCGCCCAAAGUCCCCCCAACACGGUCCAUCGCAUUAUCAUACCUUCUUUGCUCAACCCCACGCUCUACUCUCCCGAGGCCAGCCAGCCCGAAACCAUUCUGCCGUUUCUUCACUCGCUAAAGGCUUUGAUGAGCGCACCCUCUGCGCGUGUCACAGCUAUGAUAACAAUGCCUCUGUCCCUGUUUCCCCGCUCCUCGGGGCUUGUGCGAUGGGUCGAACUUCUGAACGAUGGUGUUAUCGAGCUCUGUCCUUUUCCCCAUUCUGCAGAUGCCCUCGCAACCUCAGGCGCUGCGACAGCCGGUGAAGAGCCACCGCAAGGCGUGCUCAAAACCCAUCGACUGCCUGUGCUACACGAACGGGGCGGAGGUAGUGAUCAGAACGUUGGACAAGACUGGGCGUUUACUCUCAGCAGACGGAAGUUCGAAAUUAAGCCUUUCAGUCUACCGCCGGCCGAAGGGGACAAGGAAGCCCAAGAAGGCGCGGGUCCAGGCGGGAUGCCAAAAAAGGCGGAUCUAGAAUUUUAAGCUGACGCUGCUAUGUUGAAUGAGGGUGAAGGAAGUCCGCAAAUCAUUCUUCGUGGUCCGAAUCUCUCAGCAUAUUCUCCAGUUCGAUUUGUUCGGACAUAGCGGGCCCGGAGCCAGCCAUUCCUCGGAGAUAGUCCCUUCCGUAGCCAUCCAUGCCCUCUCUGAGUGAGUCCCGCGUGAACCGAGAACGAAGGCGACUCCCUAGGCAAGACGAUAGAGCAAGCCACGCUCCGAGGUGUCAACAAUGGAGACCCGCUAGCGGUGGGGGAGUCACUUACCUAGGAAUAGAAGGAGAGGCGCAAAGAACACCAAAAAGAGGAGUAAAAGGAAAUUCAUCCCGGCCACAGCUGGUCGUGUUACCAAUAUGCUAGCAUAGGAUAGAAGAGUAAUAGAGGUUUCUUGUUUGGGCUGAUCAGCAGUGCCGCUCCAGGCUUAGCGCAGCCAUCUAUGACACGUGAUGCUGUAUUGCUUGUUCCAGCGAGCUUUCCCUGAUAGUCAGACUGAUGCUUCUUCAACCCCAGCCGUCAUCGGAUCUAUCCGAUGAGGCUAUACUCCAAUUUCAACAGCAAGCUGCAGUGACA